UGUUGUCCAAAGAGGCACUGGGCAGCUGAAACACCGAUUUCAUGUCUUGCACAGUGAGGUCCGGGUCAGCCCACCAUUGAAGGUGUGCAAGAUGGUGCAUGUUUGUGCUAUGUUGCACAAUAUAUGUAAAGACAGGAAUAUUCCUAUUCCUAUUGAUGCAGGCCACCCUGACUUUGAAGAGCAGCAGCACGACAUCGUACAAGAAGUGCCACCACUUCCAGCUGCUCGACGAAAUCCGGGUCGCCUGUAUCGAGAUGAAUUCUGCAACUUGCAUUUCAACAAUCCUGCCAGAAACAUGGCCCACCUGCCCCACCACUGAUCUGCUGACACAUGCAGAGAUCAAUUUUGCAACUUGCAUUUCAACAUUCCUGCUUGAAGUGCGGAUCUCCUGCCCUUCAGCACACAUGGCCAGUCACAUGCCAAGACGAUGGAAUGCUGUCAGCGAGCAGCAUGGAAGACGCAGAGAGAGUGGUGGUCAGGUGGUGGUGGAGACAGGGAGAGUAUGUGGCCUGGAGAUUAACAAACAGAACACCAAUAAUCUUGUGACCUCCAUGCAUCCUUCCUAAUGUCAAUAAAGUUGUCUUAUCAUGCCCAAAA